AGUAAAUUGCAGUGGAAAGUGUAAUCUCCUUGCUGUAUAAUUUGUUUUGUUACUGGUGAUUUGAUAAAACUAAUUAUUAAACAUGUCAUUGAUUUGACAUUGUCAUGAAAUAUCUUGAAUGUAAGCUAAUUUUCCUAUCUCUAUGUAAAAUCAUUGAUUUUUUUUUCAAAAAUGGAUAAAGCGGGCCCUAGUUCUGGAAAAAUUAACAUCGUGAUAAUUGAAGGAAAUAAAGGUAAAGGCCGGUUAUCGAAUCAAGGAAUGGUGCUUCUGCACGCUGGCCAUAAAUAUAAUUUUGUUAAAACAAAUAUGUGUGGUACAACUAAUUGGCGAUGCGUCAAUAAAAACAUUUGUAGCACUUCCAUAACAUUAACAGCUGAUAAUAAAGAAAUUGUGAAAGAAGCUAAACAUGUAUGUUUACCAGAUUAUGAACGUAACAAAAUUGAUUUCACAAUGUCAUUAGCCAAACAAGAGGUUUGUCUUAAUAUGGCGCCUAUACCUGAAAUUUUUGAGAAACACUAUUACAAACUUCAUAAACAGGAUUCUGAUCAUACAUUUGGUCAGGGCGAAAUGCUUUCCCCAGAGGAAUUACCUACAUUCAGUUCAAAAAAGGAUACGCUGUAUCGGGCACGCUAUAAAUUUUUAAAUGUAAAAAAAAGUAAAUUUUUGCGACCCCAAGAUGUGCAGUUGCCAGACAGUUUAGUAAGUGAUUUCUUUUUGUAUGACGAUGGUGUUGAAGAGAAGAUUAUAAUUUUUGGUACUCGACUGGCAAAAGCAACAUUGAAAACAGUUGAUAUUGUGUACGUUGAUGGAACGUUUAGAUGUUGCCCGAUUCCUUUCUAUCAGCUGUUUUCUGUACAUGCUGACAUUACGCAUGAAUCAGGAACUGUGUGCUUUGUGCCAUUGUUGUUCGCUUUGUUGCCCAACAAAAGCCAAACUACAUACGAGAGACUUUUCAAAAUUUUAAAAUAUCAAUUUUUUAUGAAUAUCAGCACUUUCAAAUGUGACUACGAACUGGCUAUUAUCCAAGCGAUAAAGGCAAUAUAUCCUGACAUUGUAGUAAAGGGUUGCUACUAUCAUUUUACAAACGCAGUUUGGAAAAAGUCGAAAUCGAUUAAUUUUAGUUCAUCCAACGAGGGUCGUAAAUGUACUCAGCUCUUUUCCUUAUUAGCACUGUUGCCAGCGUCGCUUAUACCGGAGGCGUAUCUGACAUUAUGUGAAUUAGCUCCUAAUACUGAAGAAAUCUUUGCUCGUCUGAUCGACUCAGGCAGGUCAUUCCACAGCUUGAUGCUCCUAAUAGUGAAGGAGUUGGAAAAGUAUUUUGAGGAAUGGAUAGGACAGUUCAGAGAAAGAGUAGAAAAAGAGCGCAAGGUAACUGCGGAACCAGCCAGUCACUGCCGGAGAAAUGCCAAGAGAAUCAAACAGCGCAAGCAACAAGUCGAAAUCAACGGUGUUGAAGGCACUGCUGAAGUCCAACAGAGUAAGGACGGAGUGAGGAUAUCAAUGAGCGGAAUGAUCAUAUUACGACUAAUGCUAUCACAACCAACGGCAUUCGAUGAGAUGGAGAGAAUGUUCCUCUUGACAUCACCAACAGUGAACUGGCUGAGUUCAAAAACCGAGCGCGUCUGGAAGCGGCGUCCAGAUGGAAACUGGCCACUGGCUACACGCUUUCCCCUCUGCCUGAGCGCCGAGACCAUUCGCAUAACUAAAGGUCUCCGCCUUGGUGUCCCAGUUUGCUCCCCUCAUCCUUGUCCUUGCGGCAAAGACGUAAGUGCUCUGGAUCACCACAGUCUUUCCUGCCAGCUGAGCGUCGGCCGUAUCUCCUGGCAUGCAACCCUCAACAACAUCAUCCGCCGGGCCUUAGCCACUGUCAACGUGCCCGCUAUCCUCGAGCCAAGCGGCAUGUCGCCAACAGAUGGCAAAUGCCCGAACGGAAUGACUCUCAUCCCUUGGAGUAUGGGCUGGGCACUGGUGUGGAACGCCACAUCGGCAUACACACUUGCCCCAUCCCGUCAGACACACCUACAAGAAGGCUGGCUCCGCAGCUGA